AUGGAUUUCAAGAAAGACGACUACCAGCUUUCCUACGUCAAGCUGGACGAUGAGCUGCCAGCAGAGAGUUCCGGUCCGAGUCCCGCCCCGCGGAUGCGGCCAUUGUCUUCGGCUGAGCAAAAGCUCCUGCAAACUGAGACACAGGGAUUCUGGGGGGCGGGCUGGACCUGGGAGAUCCUAAGUGCUAUCAGUUCUGUUGCCUUUCUGGCUGCCAUUAUCAUUGUGCUCUGGCACUUCAAUGGCAGGCCCAUGCCGGACUGGCCGUAUGGCAUCACGCUUAACGCGUUAGUAUCUGUCUUCAGUACAGUCAUGAAGGCUUCGAUGGCACUUGUGGUUGCUGAAUGCCUGGCCCAGCUCAAAUGGUCCUGGUUUCGGGGUGGAAACAAACUUAGCGAUCUCGCCCUUCUCGAUGCCGCUAGUCGUGGACCCAUGGGUGCAUUGAUUACUCUAUUCCAGACUCUGCCCCGGCAUCUGAUCACUCUCGGGUGCCUUAUUUUGGUAGUGGCCGCUGCUACGGAUCCUUUUGUCCAACAAGUUAUGAGCAUAAAGGAACAGCCCAUUCAAUCCCCAGGCCACGCUUCUAUUCAAGUAUGCAAUAGCAGCUUAUACACAGACUAUGGUGAAGGUGCAGGCCCUGGCAUGAAUAAGCUCUCACUGGGCAGCCUGGGCGCUCUAUACUCGGGCAUUUUCCAAACACAAGGACCGGGCAGUGAAAGUGCCAUGGCAACCUGUCCAACAGGAAAUUGCACUUUCCCCAAGUAUCAAUCUCUCGGGGUCUGUAGCAGUUGCACCAAUAUCACGGACUUGCUUCAUCCAGCUCAAUUGAACAUGGGGUCUGGCUACAAACUAAGCAAUGGUUUGUCCUUGGUCACAUCAUACACCAUGCCGACUAUGAUGAACUCCACAACGGCCCUUCACCCACUUCGACUCGAUGUGAGUGACAAGGCCAUAAUCACGAAUUUCACCUCAAUCACUUCACCAGGAAUGGGAAGUUCGACUGGACUGAACGCAGCUGAAUGUGCGUUAUAUUUCUGUGUCAAAACCUAUGAAGCGAGAGUACACGAAGGCAACUUCUUCGAAAAGACUAUUCCGAUCGCAAGCUCAACAAAUUUCUCUUCUUCGUUAGAUGCGACGCUGAAAGACUUCACCGUGACGCCAGACACAUGUUAUUAUAAUGGAACAGCAUCCCAAACCCCACACGUCGACAGUGAGAACUGUGUCUACAACGUCAAUUACCUCAGCAGGAUGGCGAUAGCCAGCUCCAUCCAGCCGCUUCUAAAAGGCCAUGGUGAACGGCCGGUGAUAAAUCGGCCUGAUUGGUCGUCUGACACGGUCGAAGCUAUCUAUGGCCAGGAAGGAAACUUUACGGACAUCAGCACUGCCUUUGAAUCGAUCGCGUCCUCUUUGACAGUCAAUGCGCGCUCGCAGGUGUGUAAAAAUUCGGUAAACGGGGCAACAUGGGCCGUGCAAUCAUUUGUCCAUGUGAAAUGGGAUUGGCUCAUCCUUCCAGCUGCGUUGGUGGGUCUCAGCAUUAUUUUCUUGAUUGCUACGAUGAUCCACACGAGAAAUCAGUAUAUAUGGAAGUCCUCGCCUUUGGCCCUUCUAUUCUCGGACUUACUGAUUGAUGAUCCCGUUCCCAUCAAAUCCGCUCCUACUCUCAGAGACAUGGAAGAUACGUCGCGAAAGAUGGAGGUUUGGCUUGAGACCUCAGCAUCGGGGGUCAGGCUAAAGGCUGUGGCAAGAUCAUAA